AUGGAGCCAGAUUCGCUUUUGGUGCUUCUUUCAGGAGUCAGUCUCCUCAUCUUUGUCGUCAUCGCCCUAGUGGUGCUACAGCUCAUUCUUCCGAAUCGCGAUGGUGAAUAUCGCCCUUUACUCAAUAGUGUAUUUAAUUCCGGCGAUGUUGAUCGAAAUUUCUUAAAUGACGAAGAGUCGCUCAUGCAGUUAGCCGAAGAGUUUGACUACGGAACGCUUUCGCCAGAAGAACAGAGAGCAUUCCUUGAGGGAGAAGAGUUUCUGAACAAUAAUCCACCUAACCCGGAACACGUGAGAGGCCGGUCGUAUACUCGAGAAGACGAACUCUUGAUCAAGGAUUGUGGCAUCAAUGCGUUUGAGUUCGAGCAAGAGAAAGAGAUCUUGGCGGCUCGGUAUAUUGUAGAAGACCGUACCGAAGUAAACUUUCUUAAUAAUGAAGCGCUGUACUCAACUGCGACUGCAGUGCUCAAUCAUUCACUUCCGUCGAAGAACCGAAGUCCAGAUACAAUCUAUUUUGAGGUGAAGAUCUUCGAGUUCCCUGAGGAUUCCCCGAACGCCCACUUUGCAUUAGGCCUAGUCACAAAGCCUUACCCUUCGACGUUCCGUCUCCCGGGCUACAACAACUUCUCCUUGGCGUACGAGUCUACAGGGAAUCUCAAAAUCAACAAGCCCUUUCCUACGCCGCUACAGCAACAUCGCGGCGAACAGAGCCAAUUCAAUGCUCAGGUCCUACCGCCUCUUUCGCAAUCUGACAUAGUCGGAUUUGGAUACAUGGUGAGUUCUGGAACUAUAUUUAUUACGCGCAAUGGUAAAAAAAUCAUGGACGUCAUGAAGGGCUGCUAUUUGGAUAUGUUCCCAGCCAUUGGGUGCUUCUCAUGUAACGCAAAAUUCCAGGCAAACUUUGGUCAGAUGGGAUUUGUUUGGAUCGAGGCAAACGUUCGUAAGUAUGGCUUUUUCUCGACCGGAGAUCGGAGACUAACAGGCCAACGUGGACUAGCUUUUCUUCCAGAAUAUGGGAAUUCCACACUCCAAAAGGACAAGCUCUUAGGCAAGGGAGAUGAUCUUCCACCCGAAUAUCCAGAACAUGAGUAUGACUUCUUUGGAAGAAGAGUAGUGGAGGGUACUUCUGCACAAUUGCAAAGCACGAAAAAAUACGAACAAUCGGAGUACGAGGACAAGGAUUAA